GUAACGGCACGGUCUAUCGGAAAAUGUAACGGAAUAUUGGCGGGAUUUAUGCGUGUUAAAAUUUAUUUCCCUUUUUUAUCGCGUUGAUAUCGUAGACUGUGAGAAGAAGAUAGUUCUGUUUUACUGAAUUCAUCUAGAAAAGUUGGUAUUCAUUCUCAAAAACCAAGAACUAAAGUGGGAGUGAUGGUGUGUGUGCUACCUAUGCCAAUACUAAGCCCAGCUAAGUAAUUAUAAGGAUACCUAUUAGGUAUUAUCUCACCCCAUGAGUGACUAAAAGCCCCCACAACCAUGUCUUCCGGGGAGUGGGACCUGAAAGCGCUGAAGGCGCUCGAGGAGGAGGAGCAGCGCGAGUUCCUGGCCCUCAGCCAGAAGAACCUCUUCGAUCCGCUGCCCAAUCCCACUGCCGAGGCGGCCAGUGCCAAGCCGUCGCUCACCUACGCCCAGUUGCAUCCGCACCUGCUGAAGCUGCCCACCAUUGACGAGUGCCAGCUGAUGGCUGUCAAGCAGCAGAGAUCGGCGGCCCUGCGGUUCAGUCGCGCCCUCUCCCUGUCCGCCCACUCGCUGAUCUCCCGCACCGGAAGCGGCACGGCGGCCGGAAACGGAAGUGGCCUUGGCUUCGGCCGCAAGCUGAAGGCCCGCCUGGUGGGCGCCAAAUCCAGUGGUUCGCUGUCGCCCGGUCGGCACUCGCACAGCUACAGUGUGUCCCCGGUGUACACGCCGCCGCCCAUGCGAAGGUGUGCCACCCUGCAUCACACGCAGCCGGUGCGCAAGGCCUUCAAGAAUCUCCAACAGCUGCAAGAGCGGAAACGCCAGGCGACCGGAAGUCACAUGCAGAGGAUCGCUGGCACCGGAAAAACCUACUGGAAGUACGGAGCCAACUCGACGGCUGCCUCGAUAGUGGGCCAGCGAGCCCGCCAAAGCCAGCAGAUCGAGCUGGAGGAGUCCAAUGGAUCCGACGAUGUGAACUCGGAGCCCCAAGAAUUCUCGGAGGCGGAGACGGGCUCCUGCAGUGUACCGCUGCCCGCGAAGGACACCAACGAAAUGCUGCGACUGAUGCUCAGCGCGGCCAGUUCGGCGGUCACAGUCACGCCAGCGGCGGCGGCCAUCGGCAAUGGGAAUGGAAGUGGGAACGGAACCGGAAACGUGACCGCAGCAACUGGUGGCGCACUGCAAAUGAGACGCUACCAGAACGCCAGCGAUGUUGAGGAGGACGAAACUGUUGCGUACGAAGCUUUCCACCAGGCGGCCAAAAGCUUCGAGCGCGCCACUCUCUUGCGCGGCGGCAGCCUAACAGCGCAAGAGAGCGACAGCGGCAAAGCCAGCGGUGUCAGUGCCCAGAACAGUCCAGCCAGGGAAACGAAGUCCACACCGAUGGGUGGCUUGGGUGGCUUGGUUGGCAGGCGGAUGUUCAAGUCCUCCUCCUUGGACUGGCCCGGGGAAUCACAGCAGCAGCUUCAGCCGCAGACCUAUCAGCUGCAGCAUCUGGCCGCAAAUCAGAUGGAGUUGGUGGAACAGCAGGCCAGCGAUUCGCGUUUCCGGCCGCGGGAUCACUGGGAUCUGGAGCACGUCCACCUCCAUCACGAGGGACUCGGACAUCUCGCAGGCCACGGCGCCACCGUCAUCGACGACGAACUGGAGCAGCAUAUCAAGCACUGCUCCUGCUCCUGCAACCACAUGGGCUACGGCAACUCAAUGGACUAUCAGACGACUGGUUUCGGUGGUCUGCCCGACGUCACCGAGCACUCGAACAUCCGCCGCACACUGUCCCGCCAGAACUCGAUCUCCAACAGCGAUUCCGGCGGCGAGAUAGCCAGCAUCCAGAAGUCCAAGGUGAACUUUGGCAAUCCUCUGGCCGGCGGCGUCGUCGUGGGCGGGGACAUCGUGGGUCUGGACGCCAAGUCGCCCACCUCCCUCAAUUCGGCGACGGGAGCCGGUGCCUCUGGAAAGGCGAAGGGCAAGGCGUCGAGGAAGGCGAACGCUGGGGCGGAUGCCGGCCAGAAGGGCAGGAGGGGCUCCUGGCUGGUGGCCCUCACCCUGGUCAGCGCCAUCUGCCUGCUGGCCAUCGCCGCCACCCUGGCCUACCAGCACUUCCUCAUGGCGCCCAGCCGCAAUUCGCACGCCCAAAGACUGAGAAUCGUCCGCCGAAUCCUGCGCGAGGUGCCGCUGGUGGACGGGCACAACAAUUACGCCUGGAACGUUCGCAAGUAUGCCCACAGCAGCCUGGAGCUCCACCUCAGUCACGAUGUGGACCACAAGUCGCUGUGGGCGCGGCCGGCGUGGGCGCAAACGGACAUGGAGCGGCUCAAGCAGGGAUUGGUCAGCGUCCAAGUGUGGUCAGCAUAUGUGCCGUGCGAGGCGCAGGGCUUGGACGCCGUCCAGUUGGCUCUGGAGCAGAUCGACAUCGUGCGGCGCCUGUCGGACAUGUACGCCCGGGAGACGGUGCUGGCCACAUCCUCGCAGGACAUCGUGGAGGCCCAUCGCCGGGGACUGCUGGCCUCGCUGAUUGGCGUCGAAGGGGGUCACACCAUAGGCUCCUCCCUGGGCGUCCUGCGAUCCUUCUACUCCCUGGGCGCCCGAUAUCUCAGCCUGACCCAUCGCUGCGACGUGUCGUGGGCAGGAUCGAGUGCCUCGCCGGCGGAGCAGGGACUCACGCCCUUUGGCAAGGCCAUUGUACGUGAGAUGAACCGGCUGGGCAUGAUGAUCGACCUGUCGCACAGCUCGGAUGCCACCGCCAGGGAUGUGCUGCAGGUGACCCGGGCUCCGGUCAUCUUUUCGCACUCCGCCGCCCGCCAGCUGUGCAAUUCGACGCGGAAUGUUCCCGACGAUAUCCUGCGCUUGGUGGCCGAGAAUGGGGGCCUGAUCAUGCUGAGCUUCGACUCCGAGGAUGUGGCAUGCGGACGGCAGGCACGCCUCCAGGAUGUCAUCGAGCACAUCAAGUAUGUGCGGGCCAUCGCCGGCAUCCAGCACAUUGGCCUGGGAGCCGGUUACGAUGGCAUCGAGCUGCCGCCCCUGGGACUGGAGGAUGUGUCCAAGUAUCCGGAACUGCUCGCCGCUCUGCUAGAGGAUCACAACUGGAGCGAGGAGGAUGUUGCCAUGCUGGCUGGCAGAAACUUCCUACGCAUCAUGGAGACGGUGGAGACGGUGCGUGACUACUGGAAGCGGGCGGCCAUCCAGCCCAUUGAGCAGACGGAGCCGCAGCCCAAGACGCAGUGCACCUACAUGUCCUCGUGACCGCAGGCGCAGGCGGUCAGGCAGCGGCGGGAUGAGCCGCUCAUGGAGCGGGCCAAUCGCACUACCGCCACCCUGGCGGGGGAGCACUUCUGGAAUCGCGGCCCCGAGUCCAAGGACUCGGCCUCCAAUCACUCCAGUUCUGCGGUCAUCGCGGCCACGGCAACGAGUUUUACGGUCAGCGAACUGCUCCAGUAAAAAGGUUUGGAUGGCAAGUCAGGGUGGGGGAUUUCGGUUGGCGGUUCGGUUUGUAGGGUUUUUGGUUACCAGAGCGAGUAGUUGGGCAAUGGAAGAUGAGAAGGUUCCUUUAAACCAAUUUUUAAUUUGAAUUGGAUUUUAGCCGAAAUAUGUCAUCUCCAUAUUUUAAAAUGAUCAAGUUAAAUUAAGUUAAUAAAUUAAAAACAAAUCCUACAAAAGCAAAACUAAUUUCAAAACAAUCUUUUUUUUCCCAAGGUGUUUGAAAAAUAUUAAUUGAAUUAAUACUACGAGUAUGAAAACUUCUUGUGUGGCAAAUAUUGGAAGAUAUUUUUAAAUAUUUAAUAAACCAUUUAAAAUGUACAUAUAUGUAUGUAUUUGCUACUGAGUAACCUUGAGUUCGUCAGAUCCUUGCCAUUACUCGCUCUUCACACCGAAAAAAGGACAUACUCUCGUGGCGACCCUCGUGAAUAAUUAGUGUGUACUCGUAAUUUACUUCCAUAGGAUGCAUUGAUAGGCGUAUGAAUAAAUAAUAAUAAUAAAUGUACUAGUACUUAGCCCAUAAUUGUUUGCAGCUAUACAUAUUGGUGUUGUGGCACUGCAUAAUUAAUGCCCAGGGCGGAUACUUAUCGAUGUUGCUGUGCCACGGGGCGUAUGCGCUACGUGGCAAGCCGAACCGCAAACCGAAAUAUUUCUUGGCUUGUCUGCGACUGUAUUAUACAUACAUCCAUAUAUGUAGGGCACCCAUCAACGAUUCACGCUAAUUAUCGCAAUUAAGCGCAAUAUAUUUAAUCACGAGCAUCACACAGACACAGCCGAAUAUAAAUCAUCAAAACGAAUUAAUUGCAGCAGAUUUCCCACAGUCAGUUGGCCUUAAUGCCCAGGAUCGAAAGUCAGAAGCAAAAAAGGCGAUUUUCCACCCUGACUGCCUGUGAAUCCAUCUUAAUUUCUGCACUAGGUUAGUUCGAAACGAGGAAUCCAAAUCAAAAACAAAAACGCAAUGUUGUUCGUGUAUGCAUAGCCACUACAGAUAUACCACACUCACCAAAACUGACAUAAAAGUAAGCUUCGGUAGAAGCAAUGCGUAUAAUCGAGUAGGGGCACGCAUUUCCAUAAAAAUAAAUCGGAAUAAAGAGAAUAUAUACCAACA